ACGCGGAAAUCUGAAUGGAGCUCGCGGGCCGGUUGCUACGGGGGCCGGGGCGGGGCCAGCGCGCUGUGCGCUGCCGGCGCUGCCCUGGCUGAGGCGGGCUCGGUGCGGCGGCUGGGCCGGCCCCGCUCCCCGCCGCUCCCCACGCCAUGGGGCCCGGACCUGCGUCUCGCCCGGGCCGGCCGCCGCUGGCCGCGGCGCUCUGCGCUGCCCUCUUGAUGCUGCUGUUGUUGCCGCCCGCCCUAGGCGCUGGCGAUCGGCGGCGCCUAGCGUGCUCCACCUGCCGGGGCAUCGCGGACAGAUUCAACCAGGGAUUAGCGGAUACAGCUAAGAAGAACUUUGGUGGUGGAAACACUGCUUGGGAAGAGAAGACACUGUCAAAGUAUGAGUCCAGUGAAAUUCGUCUUGUAGAGAUCAUAGAGAAUCUGUGCGACAGUAGUAACUUUGAAUGUAACAACAUGGUAGAAGAGCAUGAAGAACAUAUAGAAAAAUGGUGGUUCAAACUAAAGAAGAAGUAUCCUGAUUUGUUUAAAUGGUUUUGCAUAGAAACAAUAGAAGUUUGCUGCCCUGCUGGAACUUAUGGACCAGAUUGCCUUGCUUGUCGUGGUGGAUCAGAAAGACCUUGCCAUGGAAACGGCCACUGUGACGGUGAUGGUACCCGAGGUGGAGAUGGCUCGUGUAGCUGUAACAAGGAGUAUACAGGAGAUUUUUGUUUGGACUGUUCUAAUGGUUACUUCAGUACCUUGAGAAAUGAGACACAUUCUGUUUGUACAGCCUGCCAUGCUGCCUGUAAAACUUGUACUGGUUCAAGUAACAAGGACUGCCAAGACUGUAAAGAAGGCUGGAUUAAAAAUGAAGAAUCAGCUUGUGUGGAUUUAGAUGAGUGUGCUGCUUCUCCUUGCAAAGAUCACCAGUAUUGUUUAAACACAGAUGGAUCUUUCUCAUGCAAAGCAUGUGAUGCCAGCUGUGUAGGUUGCACAGGGGAAGGUUCUGACAAGUGUAAGACCUGCGCAUCUGGAUACAUGAAGGAAGAUGAAAAGUGUACAGAUAUAGAUGAAUGUAGCCUUCCUGAAAAGGUCUGCGUGAAAGAGAAUCAAGACUGUGUUAAUACUUCAGGUAGUUACAAGUGUGUAUGUUCAGAAGGGUUUGAAGAUAAGGAUGGAACGUGUGUUCAAACUGUAAAAAAAGGAGAGGAAGCAGAGAGUGAAACAACUGAGUCUUCACCUGCUGGACACGAUGACUUAUGAUACGCAUUCAGAACCAAAAGACAUUCCUAUCUGAAGUUUUAAAUUAUUGGACUAAGCCCCUGUAGCUGACAUACUGUGGAAAUGGUAUUAAAUAUGCAGAUUGCCAUUAAGAUUUUUUUUUUUAAAUGGUGACUUGAUAAACUGCUCUUUAAGCUGCAUUUCUUUAUUCUUAAAUGCCACUUUUUGUAUAAUUCUUUAAGAACAACACUCUAGAUGGGUAAGUAUAAAAUUUGAAUUAACAUAACAUUGUACCCAGCAAUUGUAAAGAAUUUGCAGGUUUCUCAUCCUAGUGCCUACUGAAAACUAUCACCAUUUGGAAGGACUUAGUUGCACUUCAUAAAUCCAGAAAAACUUAGACUAAAGCUUGGUGUUUCUUGACAUGUAAAUAUUUCUGUAACUGAAAUACGGCUUUUAGAAAUUGUCAAAGGGAAUCUCUUCGGGGAGAAGCACCGUUUCCUCAAACAAAGUAGAAUGCAUAAUACUGCAUUCAAUAAAAGUUUAUUUUGUUGGAAUGUGCCUUCAAAUUUUUAAGAUGUUAGUACCUUGCUGUGUUGUCAUGUCUAUUUUUCAUUUGGACAGUGAAAAAAAGAAAAAACAACCCAAAAACUACAAACAAAACCCACAGACAAACAAAAAAAACCUACAAAACCCCAGAACCUUGUAAGCACUGUAUUUCGGUUCAGCACUGAAUUCUGGCACUCAGUCGUGCUGGAAUAUGGGAGGGAAAAAAACAACCCACAACACCAAAACCAAACAAAAAAACCCCAAACCCUCAAACAAAAAAACAACGUCCCCCUAUACACACACUUUCCUCUGAAGGAAGAAUUAUGUGAAACAGCUUUCCAAAGGUAGGUAGACAAGUCUUUCUUCCAGGUACUUGCAUUAAGUAUGUAAACUAGUUUAGACAGUGAUGAAAAGUAAGUUUAGGUAAUGCCUGCACUUGGUGGCUCACAGUUGUUGUAUGGGUACUCUCUAGGAUUGAUGAAUACAUGACUUUCACUACGUUCUACUGCUGCAUGUAAUAGCUUCCUGUCCUUUUCAGAGCAACCAUACUGCAGUUAAUUUCUCUUGAUGUUUCCCAUGCCAUUUCAGAGGUAAAGCUAAUAUGCAGAGCAUAGGCACAACUUCCUGUGUGUUGUCCCUAAGCUUAAAAGCCAGUAUAAGAGCUAAAAUUGGUAUAUUCUACAGGACCAUCACAGCUGUAAAUAAGCUAAGGACCAUCCAGGUGCAGUAUUUCAAGCUCUGAUGGAAGUGAGUAAAGUUUGAAAUACAUUGAGGUAGUGGAUACAGAGAGGCUAAAUGGGGAUUAAAGAAUACAGCUGAAAAGGGCAUCAUUUAAGCUUGACUUGAAGUUAUAAACAGUACCGUGAGGUAAGUGGAAAUAAAAAGGGUAUGAAUAGGAGUGACCUGUUGAGCAGCGAGGGCCAAAUACCUUCUCUAUACUCUGAAGACUUCUUUGUUCAGACUAAUUCACAGUUCAGUUUGUGAACGGUACAUGUAGGAUUUGUACGCGAAUAUCAUACAAAAAAGGAUUCUGUUGGUUUCUUGUGUUUAAAGCUGUCUAAGAUGAUCUUGUGAGCAGUAGUU